AUAAACAUUUGUUCACAGUACCAUUUGUUGUCUAUAAAUAGAGGAAUUUUGUAUCAUUUUUAAACAACGAAUAUUCUAAACCUCUUCCUCCUCUUCUUCAUAAUUAAAUAUUUGUAUGCUUUGCUCGUGUUUAGUGACUCAUUGACACCGGCCAUUACUUAUGUUACAAAUCCUGAUAUGUAUUUUUAUAGUCAUUUAUUUAUCUUAUGUUAUGAAGGAUAAAUGAUAAGAUGUAAUAAGUUUCAUUUUCUUUUACAUUAUUAAUGUUUGUUACUAUGUAAUCUUAUAUGUAAGACAAUAUAGUGUUUUAGUUUUAAUGAAGAGAAAAGACAUAAAGACACCAUCGAAGUUGUCCCAUAUUUGCAUAAAGAUACCUAAACUUUUAAAGUGUCCUAUCACACCACUUAACAACUAUAUAUUGUUGUAAAUUGGCCAUUUUUACUCAUUCCAUCGUCUAUGUAAUGCGCGUGUUGCUCACUCUCUAGGUAACCCAACCCCACCCUUUUUUUUUGAAGAUUAUUCGUGAACUCCUUUUCAUUUCAUUUCUCAACUUUUCCCUAAAAAAUCAAACGAAAUACACAAUGUUCUUGUUGACGAUAGUGUUGUUGUUGACAAUCUCGUUGUUGAUCAUUGUUGAUCGUUGUUGAUGUGUAUUUGUGAAGAUUCUUGGAGAUUGAAGGUCUAAUAGGUUAGGGUUCUAAAAUCUGCACUUUUUCUCUCGAUUAUUCUCAUUUUAUGGAUUAUUAUAGUGUAGAAGUGUUAGAAUAGACCUCCUACAGUUGCCAUUGUUAGGAUAUUUUUGAGUAUGUUGGGUAAUCGACUUAGUGUAGGGUAUUGUGUUAUUGACUUAGUGCAACUGUUAGUGAUCAGGGUUUUGUGAUUGUGUUUUAGGUUAGGGUUAGAUGUUAUCCACUUAGUUCGAAUCUUAUUAUUUGUCUCUUAUACAUUUGUAGACUUCAAUUUGUAUACUAACAACUGCUAUUGUUAGUGUUUUUGUUCUGUUAGUACUGUUAAAGCUUAAUGUUAGUGCUUUAUUCUACUUUUGUUAGUUAGUGUUUCUGUUGUUGUUGUUUGUUAGUGAUUAUGUUUGUUGUGUACAACUUGUUAGAGUUAGUUAUUGAAAUGUGUGUUUGAAUUGUGUUUGUUGUUGUUACAUGAUUUUUCAGGAUGACUUUUACUCUUAUAACUUUAAGAUGGUAUCAUGGGGGGAUAGAAUUUGGUCUACCACCUAAAUAUAUUGGGGGGCAUGUGACAGAAUUCCUAGAUGUAGAUGUUGAUAGGAUGUCUUAUUUUGAGUUGAGGGACUACAUAAAGGAACUAGGAUAUACAAUAGAUUGUGAUUUUUUCAUCAAGUGGGAUGGGUUAUUGGUCCUUGUUGAUAAUGAUAAGGUUAUAUUUGACCCUUUUCAAUAUGAUGAAUGAUGGGGAUACAGUGGAGGUGUAUGUUUUUCAUGGGGUUAGUGAAGCUAAUCAGGCCCCACUUGGAUUGGAGUUUGUCCCCCAUGUGACUGAAAGUGGGGUAGGUGAGGAAUCUUUUAAUGAGACUUCUAACCCUAAUAAUCAGCCUCCUACUUCUACUUUUCCUUCCAUCCCUACAACUGGUCCUUCUGAAACUUCUAGCACUCCAUUUGAAGCUCAGUCUUCUACUGUGCCUCCACCAUCUCCUUCUAUUGUGCCUCCUCCUUCAUCUGAUUAUCCUAUAAUAGAUGAUGAUCCAACUGAUGAUGAAGUGGAAGAUGAAUCAGGAUCUGAAGGGGAUACUAGUGAAGAUACUAAGGUUGACAGUGAUGUUCAUCAAGAGUAUGUAGAUAUAAAGGCAACCAAGAGGCAUUUCAAAAGGUCACAAAGGAGAAGUAGGGGAACUACUUCAGAUCAGAUUAAUGUUAAUGAGAAAGGUCCAGAUAUAGGGUAUGAUGAGACAAAUAAUGGUAUUAGGGAAAGCUUAGUUGGUAAGCUAAGAGGUGAUGAACCUUAUUAUCUAAGAGAUGAAGUUCCUAACUUUGAAAUAGAUGGUGAAGAGGUUGAUCAAGUAGUGCAUAAACCUGUUAGGAGGAAGAAAACCCCAAAUAGAGUUGUGUUUGAUACAACUGCUGAAAAGAUUGUUUGGGAAUUAAGACUGGUUUUUGGAACUGUUAAAGAAUUUAGAGUGGCAGUGACAAAAUAUGCAACCCAAGAACAUAUUCAAAUUGAAAAAUAUGUAAAUGAGCCUGGCAGAGUUAGAGUGAGAUGUUGUAAAGAGAGUUGUCCUUGGUUGUUGUGUGCAAGUAAGGAUAAAACUAGUGGAGAUUUCAUUGUUAAAACAUACAACCCUAUCCAUAAAUGUUUGACAUCAACUCAUAACUACCUGUGCAACUCAAAAUUUUCGGCCACCAAAUACAAAGAAAGAAUAACUCAACAGCCAAACAUCAACAUUGUCUUGUUGUAGGACAUUAUUAGAAAGGAGUUGGAUAUUAAUGUUGGUAGGACAACAGUGACAAGAGCUAGGGCUAGAGUGUUACAAGAGAUCAUGGGUGAUCACAUUGUGGAGUAUGGUAGGAUUUUUGAUUAUAGAGAUGAAAUAUUAAGGAGUAAUCCAGGUAGUACUUGUGUAGUGAAGGUUGGAGAAGAUUCUGAAACUAGGCAGAAAUUUUUUGAAGGAUUUUAUGUUUGCUUCAAUGCUUUAAAGAAAGCAUUUUUUGGAGGUGCUAGAAGGUUGAUUGGUUUUGAUGGGUGUUUUCUCAAAGGUGUGUGUAAAGGCCAGUUGUUAGUGGCAGUUUGUAGAGAUGGAAACAACCAAAUGCUCCCUAUUGCUUGGGCAGUUGUUGAGGUUGAGAAUCAGUAUACCUGGACAUGGUUUCUUGAACUAGUAAAGAAUGAUCUUGAACUUGGAGAAGGGCAUCAACUAUCCAUCAUUAGUGAUAUGCAAAAGGGACUAGAAAUUGCUGUGGAUACUUUAUUGCCACUUGUUGAACAUAGAAAAUGUGCAAGACAUGUUAUUACAAAUUGGUCAAAAAAUUGGAAAGGAGUUGAAAGAAGAAGAGUGUUUUGGAGGAUUUCUAAAUCCACAUUUGAAGCUGAGAUGAAGGACAAUAUAGAGACAAUGAGCAAAUUAGGACAAGAAGGUUUAGAUAAUCUUUUAUAGUGGAAUACAUGGUGCAAGAAGUAUUUUGAAGAAUAUAGCAAAUGGGAUGUUGUGGACAACAAUAUGGCAGAAAGCUUUAAUGCUUGGAUAGUGUCUGCAAGGUAUAAAACCAUCAUUACAAUGUUUGAGGAGAUAAGGGUGAAGAUGAUGAAAAGAAUUGGUGAUUUGAGAGAGUUCUCAAACACUUGGAUCACUGAUAUAUCUCCUAUGUCUUUGAAGAUUUUGCAAGAAAACAUUCAAAAGUCUAUGCAAUGUAACUUGACUUGGAAUGGAGAAAGAGGUUUUGAGAUUAAACACCAUGGGUUUACACACACUGUGGACAUUGUUAAUAGGAGGUUUAGUUGCAGAUCCUGACAACUUAGUGGAAUUCCUUGUCCUCAUGGUGUUGCUGCCCUUCAUUACAAAAACUUGGAACCAAUCCAUUAUGUGGCUAGCUGUUAUAGCAAGGAAACCUACCUCAACACAUAUGCCCAUUUUAUUCAGCCAAUGAAUAACAUGAAAAUGUGGUCAACCUCAAAUAAUCCAAUUGUAAAGCCACCAAAGAUCAGAAAGUUGCAUGGAAGACCAGUUAAGGUUAGAAGAAAGGAAGCAGAUGAAAGCGGAAAAAUUGGAAAGUUGAGCAAAAGAGGUGCUGUAAUGACUUGUAGCAAAUGUGGCACACAAGGACACAAUAAAAGAGGAUGUCCAAGAAGAAACCAAGCUGAUCCAAGUCAAUCAACUGAACCAGUUUCUCAGGCAAGAAGUACUGGUCCAAGUCAGUCAUCUGAACCAUCUUCUCAUACACAGGCACAGGAAGAGCAACAAGAGGAAGAGCAACAACAGGAAGAGCAAGUGGCAGAGGUGUUCCAGCUCAAUCACAUGAAAAUGUUACAAACACAGAGACUGUAAAUGGUAGAGGUAGAGGUAGAGGUACAGGUAGAGGAGCAGGAUCAAGAAGAGAAAUGGCUCAAGAAAAAAAUGUGAAUGUAGGACUAAGUAGAGGAAGAGGAAUGACUCAACAUAGUCAAACUAGUUCAGAAGCAAACUACAGUAGAGGAGGCAUAAGAAGAGGGAAAAGACCAGUAGAACAUGAAGACAUUAGUGGAGGACAAACAAGACCUUUUAAAAGGCCAAGAAUGGUAGGUGUUGGCAUAUACCAAGCUAAAGAUGGAUUUACAACUCUCAAUCCUGGAUUGCCAAGUAGAAGAGUCAUCAAUACUGGUACAAAAGUUACAAGAGGGCUGAUGUUGUCACUGGUGAUAUUGGCUACACACCAGUACGUGGAUUCAAAUGGAAGGGGAAGACAACUAUUACCAGUAACAACCUGGAAAGAAUAAGGGCUGAAAAGGUUAUCCAAACUAGGUCUGUAGCUGCUGCUAAUGCUGCUAAUAGCCAAGGCCAAACAACUUCAAGUAGAAAAACUUCUGUGCCAUGGAAGUAGGGCAUUUUGAUGUUGUCUUGUUCAUUUUGACAAACAAAAUUUAACUAUGCAUAUAUUUGUGUUGUUUUUUAUUGGAAACAAACUAAAUUUUGGGUGUAACCAAACAAACUUGAAUGGUUGGAAUCAAACUCGAUUAUGAAGUCUUCUUUUUUGUCAGUUUUGUUAUUGCCUUUUUAAUUAUAAUUGACAUAUUUGUGAAGCUUCUCAAAUGGUUUCCACGAUAAUAUAGAUUAGAGAACCAAAUACAUUAACUAAUUGUUCAAAUCAUAACAAUUUCGACAACAAAGAACAAUAAUAACUUGAACAUUCAACAAUCUUUCAAGUUACACACACCUACAACUAGCAAGAUCAAGACCAUUAGCUUCUAGGUACACACACCUACAAUUUCAAAAAUUUGAAAGUAACUAAACAUGUCUAUGACAAUUUUGGUUGCACACACCUACAACUUCCAUCCUUCACAUUCUUGGUUAGACUUAAACAUAGAAAACACACAAUAAUGAUCAAGACAAUUAGCUUCAAGUUACAACAUUUGCCCUUUUUUUUCUCCUUCAUCAUGACUUGGUUACUUUCAUAAGAUGUCAAUAUUUCUUCCAACUCCUUAAUUCUCUUUGCUAAUCUCGGAAUAACAUACUUGGAUCUUAUAUCAACUUCUUCUCGAUCCCUCCAUCUAAAGAAGUUGCACGCAUCCUCCUAAAAUACGCAAAACACAAAUUAAAGAAAAAUACAUAA